CUGUCACAGUUCCAGGUUGUGAUAAAAAAUAGGUGUAGACGCCUCUACCUUAUCUUGUCUGGCCUUAUAGAUAUUGAUAUAUUUGUGGUAAUGCAUGUGUGCCAUAACAAGAGCUUACGGUAAAAACAUGUCUGCGUAUAAUUGCAAUAAGACUGGAAAUUAUUUUUUUUAUAUAACUUGAAUAUCCCCACUCGCUAUUUCAAACUGGAUGGUAACUUGAUCUUCGGACUUGGAGUUAACGUGAUUUAAAACUUAGUUUUACAAUUAAUGGUACAGUCGUACAGUUGGAUUUUGACAUAAAAGAAAACAUUACGCACUUGCGUAUUUUAAAUUUAUAGAUAUAAUUAAAUAAAAUAAUAAAAUGGAAGUAUCACCGGUGCUAAAAGUCAUCUUGGGAUUACUGAUGGCUGCUGUAAUGUCAUUGUUUUAUUUACAAAAAUCAAGUACAGUGACCCCGGAAUUACCAAAUACUUGGUGGGGUCCAGGAAAAGAAAAUCUUAACGCUGACAAAACUGUCAGACAAUUUGAAAUUUUAUUUACUGAUGAGCAAGUCAAUGACCUGAAGAACCGAUUAAAAAAUACUCGAGAUCUGGCCCCACCUUUGGAGGGUUCAGGAUGGACGUAUGGGAUCAGUGGAACUUUUGUUAAAAAUAAUGUCGUUAAUUACUGGCUAAAUAAAUAUGACUUCAAAAAAAGAAUUGCUUAUUUAAAUAAAUAUGAUCAAUAUAAAACAAAUAUUCAAGGUCUUGACAUCCACUUCAUUCAUGUAAAACCAAAAAACGUUCAGGGAAGACCAGUGAUACCUUUACUGAUUCUUCACGGCUGGCCCGGAUCAGUCAGAGAAUUUUAUGAAAUUAUUCCCAUGCUGACAACUCCGCAAGCAGAUCGAGAUUUUGUAUUUGAAGUGAUAGCGCCAUCACUGCCAGGUUUCGGAUUCUCUAGUCCUGCAGUAAGACCUGGGCUAGGCAGCAAAGAAAUGGCUGUUGUCCUUAAGAAUCUGAUGUUGAGGCUGGGAUUUGAUAAAUUUUACACUCAAGGCGGCGAUUGGGGAUCUGUUAUUGUCGGGCAGAUGGCGGCGUUAUUCCCCCAACAUGUAUUGGGAGUGCAUUCAAACUUCUGUAGCGUUUUGGGCUUCAAAGUGACACUGAAAACAUUUUUAUUCAGUUUGUUCCCAUCAUUGCUGUUACCUGAAGAAGACCAUCAUCGUCUUUAUCCAAUGAAGAAACAUUUCUUCAACAGACUUUUGGAGACAGGUUACUUACACAUACAGGCAACUAAACCUGACACCGUUGGAAUCGGUCCAAGUGAUUCGCCAGCAUCUCUAGCAGGUUACGUCCUAGAAAAAUUUUCAUCAGCGACAAAUUCCGCGAACAAAGUUAAGGACGACGGAGGACUUUAUGAUAAAUUUACUCCAGAUACUUUAAUAGACAAUUUAAUGAUGUACUGGAUACCCAAUAGCAUGACUACCGCCAUGAGAAUUUAUGCAGAAUCAUUUAAUUUACGUUCUGGUUUAGCUGAGAUGGCCUGGCCAAUAAAAGUACCAAGUGCUUGUGCUCAAUUUCCCCACGAGUUACUUUACUAUCCUCCAUCAUUACUCAAAGAAAAGUACAUGGAUUUGGUCCAGGUAUCCAGGAUGCCCAGAGGUGGACACUUUGCAGCACUGGAGGAACCAAAAUUGCUGUCCGAUGACGUGUGGAAGUUUGUCGCGACUGUUGAAAAUUUAACAAUUUCAUCAGAAAUUAAAAAAGAUGAAUUUUAAUAAAACUAAUCAAUUAAUAUUUGUGUUAAUAUUUAUGAAUAAAUUUAUAUUUUAAAAUAAU